AUGGAGCUUCCUCAACACGUUGCUAUAGUUGGUGGGGGUCUUUCUGGUUUAAGUCUUUCACUUGCACUACAGAAAGUUAACAUACCAUGCACCGUGUAUGAAGAGCGCGCUGAAUCUUAUGAGACCGGCGGUGGAAUAACUCUCUCGCCCAACAUUCUCGAUGAACUGGGUGUAUACGACCGUGUCCGCGACAAGGGUUAUCACUUUGACACUCUAGCCUUUAGUGACAACGAUGGAGCGAUCAAAGACGUCUAUCAUUUUGGCUCUGAGAAGUUGUACGGCUACAGAGGCUUCCGUAUUAUGUCCAUCAAGGACUCAGAGAAAGAAGUCGCCAUUGAAUUUGCUGAUGGAUCGGUCGAAUCUUCCGAUAUCGUGGUGGGAGCUGACGGCAUUCAUUCAGCUAUCCGGAAACAUAUCGUUCCGGACGUGAAACCUGGUUACUCUGGUUUGAUGGCUAUUAACAGUGCCUGCUCUCGGUCUGGAUUUCUUAUUCCCGAGAACUUUCACCUCCCUGCAACUGUUAUGUCCAAGGUUGAUGCAUUUUUGAUGAGAAUGCACGCGUUGAGAACAUGGGCAUCUGGCCGUUCUAUGGGAUCCCGAAGUUCAAGCAAGUGGGCCAGCUCCACCGACAGGGUUAUCGUAUUGGGCGACGCUGCACAUGUUAUUCCACCCACAGCCGGCCAGGGGGUUAACCAAGCGUUCGAAGACAACCUAUCUCCUCAGACGCCUCUUGUGGAGGCUUUGAAAUUUUGGCAGGACUACCGCCAGCGCCAGAUCGAUAAAAUCCUAGAGCUUACCCAGCAAAUGAACCCGAAGCAUUUACCCCCUGCAGAACAAGCCAACCUUCCGCCAGGUGCAAUCUGGACUGACGAUUCAGCAACAAGCGGAGAAGGCGGCCAAUUGGGGUGGUUGUAUGAGCCGGACCUCGAUGAGGACGUUGCGAAGUGGCUUGCUGAUCAUGGUUCAUCGACAGGAGAUUCUAUUUACUCUCGGCUUUUUCUUACAAUUCCUCUUGUGUCUGCGGUAAUAUCGAGACGUGAACUGGGAGGCCUUCUAGUGUUCCCCGGGGGGGGUAUUUGGGCCUCUCAAUGUGGGCUACAGUCGAAAAUGAUUUGGCAGCUGAUACCAGCCCUUCCGCAUGAAUAA